AUGUACACACACAACAAUGGAGGCGAUGGUUUUGAUAUGGGGUCAGCGGAGAGCUCGAUCUCAUCGCUUAAUGAAAUCCCGAUGGAAAUGGAUUUGACAGUUUCCGGACCACCAAUGUCUGACGAUGAAACUGAAAUGGAGCUAAAAGAAAGAAAAUAUAUUACGUAUGCAAAACGAAUACUACCUCAUGUGGGAUUAGUGCUGCUCCUCUUCGCGUAUCUAUUUGUUGGGGCCACUAUAUUUCAUGCAAUUGAAGGACCGAAUGAGUUGGAGACAAGAGAUCGUGAAUUGAAAACAAUUUUCGGACUUCGCGAUGAAUUUCAGGAUCAUAUUUGGAAUAUCACUCAGGACGUUGAUAAUCGCAUAUCUCGGGAAGCUUUCAACUCAAUAAAUCAAGAAUAUUAUGAGCAGCUUGUCAAAAAUAUCUUCAUUUCUUAUCGCAACCAAUUCAUCAAUGAGAACCACUUAUUGAAUCGAACGAAAGGUGAUGGAUUGUUAUGGACUUAUCCAAAUUCCAUGUUUUUUGCGGCAACUGUAAUUACAACUAUUGGAUAUGGCAACUUGGUCCCAACUACUACCUCAGGACGCGUUGCUUGUAUCAUCUUCGCCCUUUUCGGAAUCCCAUUACUUUUGGUGACAAUUGCCGAUAUUGGAAAAUUUUUGUCCGAAUUUCUCAGCUUUCUAUACAGAUCAUAUAGAGCAUUUAAGAGAAAACUUCGACGACAAUCUCGCAAAAUUGCAACUCAGUACCGCUCACCUACUUCUCGGUCAAGUUCCGUAAUGGGUUCUUCAAAGGCUGGAUCGUUGAAUCUACAUGAAAUGGAUUCGGAAUCUGAUGAUUCAAUCGAAGAUGAGCUUCGAAUUCCAGUGUUCAUGGUUCUCUUUGUACUUCUAGCUUAUACAGCAAUUGGCGGAUUUCUAUUUCAAUCUUGGGAAGGCCUUCAGUACUUCGAGGCAUUUUAUUUCUGUUUUAUUACAAUGGCGACGGUGGGAUUUGGUGACAUUGUUCCGACAGAACAAGUUUACAUGUUCUUCACAAUGGCAUACAUUAUUUUCGGAUUAUCCUUGGCGACAAUGUGUAUUGACCUCGCUGGUACCGAAUAUAUAAGAAAAAUUCAUUACUUGGGCAGCAAGAUGGAAGAUGCGAAAGGAGCUGUGAUGACAGGACUCCAGGUUGGAGAGCACAUACUUAAACACACGGGAAUUGAGGUGAUAAAAACAGCCGGAGGGAAAUUGGUUCAAGUUCGUGGAGCCGUGUUAAACUCAAAGCAAGCUCGGGAACUCGGUGUCGAAUAUAUCUUAGCGGAUCUUCAAUAUCAUCAUAAAAAUAUUCUUUAUGAGCCUUUAAGUCCGAAUGUUGCAAAGCUUGUUAAAGAGCAUAAUAUUAAGAUUCUUCCUGACGAUAUAACUGAAAAGGACGGGUAUAUUGUGCAGAACAAGAGCUAUGAUAAACCCUCAUCAGCCGAGCGAGGAUUUGUGAGAAUUAAUGGCAACGUGAUUCGCCGCAUAAUGGUGCCUUCAAAGAAUCAGCAAUCAAUUAUUGUCCCGUGUCUGGUGUUGAAAGAAACGGACAUAUAA